GAUAUGCUGUUGGGGGCAAUAGCCUACGAUCGAAUGCGGGAACCAACAGACUGCAUGCUUCAAGUAUUGUUGCGCUUACAGUCGCAUGCACUUGUAGCCAGCAUAUCAACUGGGAAUAGGUUAUUUGAAGUUGAAAAGUACAGUUGAUUCCUGUCGUUGAUAGUUCUUAGAUACGAAAUGGAUGCCAAUCCAUCCUUCUCGCUGGCAUGUCUUUACAGAAGCGAUCCAAUUUAUUCCCUCUGUGCCUCAGAUUUAAUGACCGCCUCUCAAACUGUGAACAAUAAUUUCAUAAAGGAACAGAAGCAACUUAUGAAGACUCUGAAGAGGCUGGAGCAGCAGCAGCUGACCUGCAUGCGUCAGCUGAACGAGGAGCAGAGGACCUUUGCCUUCGUCAUGAACAAGAGGCUAAGCCAGAGGGGCGCUACGAGGCCUCAAACGCUCCCCUCCAGUUCAGUCUCCUCUUCCAUCGUCCCUCUGUCCAUUAGGGGGUCCCGGUCUGCCCCGGCUGCUCUCGCCACCCGCAAUGGGGCCAACAGAGUUGGCAGUGCCAAGAGCGCCAACGGCAGAGUCAAGUUUGAGCAGUCUUCUUCCAGCCUCUCGCCGUGGGCAGUGAAAUUACAGAAGAAGAGUAUGGAGAUGCAGGACAGAGAGGCAAGGGAGGUGAGCACUGUUUUGAAGGAGUAUGGGGCCUCGGCUGGUCAAAGGUGUUGUUGUGAAUGUGGUCACACCAGGGAGCUGUUGGACAGGAGACUGAGUUGUCCAGCCAUAUUACAGAGGCAUCACUCUUGAUUCUGCUACGGUAUGGGGUGUUAUGGACGUAUGAUACGGGAUAUUGCUACAGGGGGGUGCGAGAGUUUCUCUUGAACAUCAUCUACCUACUCGUACUGGAUCGAUAUAGCUACAUUAUUUCUUGGAGGUUAUGCCAUGCCAAUGGAUAUCUGGACAGCAUUUUACGUCAUGACCGAUAACUGAGUAACACUGUACGUCAUGACCGAUAACUGAGUAACACUGUACGUCAUGACCGAUAACUGAGUAACACUGUACGUCAUGACCGAUAACUGAGUAACACUGUACGUCAUGACCGAUAACUGAGUAACACUGUACGUCAUUACCGAUAACUGAGUAACACUGUACGUCAUGACCGAUAACUGAGUAACACUGUACGUCAUGACCGAUAACUGAGUAACACUGUACGUCAUGACCGAUAACUGAGUAACACUGUACGUCAUGACCGAUAACUGAGUAACACUGUACGUCAUGACCGAUAACUGAGUAACACUGUACGUCAUGACCGAUAACUGAGUAACACUGUACGUCAUGACCGAUAACUGAGAAACACUGUACGUCAUGACCGAUUACUGAGUAACACUGUACGUCAUGACCGAUAACUGAGUAACACUGUACGUCAUGACCGAUAACUGAGUAACACUGUACAUCAUGACCGAUAACUGAGAAACACUGUACGUCAUGACAGCUUCAUAAUAAGUUACAUGAACUAUGUCAACAUGUCAUUACACCUUUAACUGUUUACAGUACAUGAAAAAUGACACUGCCUUGUCACUUGACAGUCAGUGACAUAAGAUGCCUUUACAUCUUUUGACAUUUGUUAUGUCAUGUUUAUGACCAUAAUAUGACACUGUUGUGAUGUACAGUUCAAAUAAAGUGUUACCAAGGUACAUUCUGUGUUCACCUAUAUAACUUGUUUCCUGAAGAUGACAACAUGAUAUGUAUAUAUUGUUUUUAUUUUUAUCAUGGGAAGUUGAAUGCCAAGUUUUAUUUUUUAUCAAAAAUGUAAAUUAGAUCCGACUGUUACUCAAAGGAAUAUGUUCAUAAUGUUUUUUUUUUAAAUUGAUGACAGAUUUUUGUGUGUGUAGUUUACUAAAUAAACUAUAGCUUAUACUGUA